GCUGCUGGAGAAUCAGAACGCUCUGAGUCCUCCUGAGAGAAGCAACAGUUGCCUGGCUCAGUCUAAACUUCGUACAGAAGCUAAACUUUAGCUUUCACUCGACGCAGACAGAAGGAAUUGGAUUCAAGGCUACACAACGAGAUCGUGUUGAUCAAAAUCUGAAGAGGAGACUCAGUUGGAUCCUGAAAAAGAGAUUUCUUUUUGAUAUAUACUGCUGAAAGACAGAAGAAGAGCUCAAUAUGAUUUCUGGGAUGACUUUGAGAGUGGUUUCUCUGCUGUGCCUGACCUUCCUGAGAUGGGCUACAGCUCAGCAGUGUAGUGGACAAUGCCAGUGCCCCGAUACGCCUCCCCAGUGUCCGCCCGGCGUGAGCCUGGUACUGGACCCCUGUGGAUGCUGCCGAGUGUGUGCCAAGCAGUUGGGCGAGCUGUGCACCGAGCGAGACGUCUGUGACAUUCACAAAGGCCUUAACUGUGACUACGGCUCACCGAGCGGCCGUCGCAUCGGAGUUUGCACAGCAAGAGAAGGUGCCACCUGUGUGUUUAACGGAAUGGUGUAUCGCAACGGCGAGUCCUUCCAGAGCAGCUGUAAAUACCAGUGCACGUGUCUGGACGGCGCCGUGGGUUGCGUGCCACUUUGCGGGAUGGACAUCAGACUGCCCAGUCCUGACUGCCCGAUGCCAAGAAGAGUGAAGGUGCCAGGGAAGUGUUGCGAGGAGUGGGUUUGCGAUUCCCCUCACCAGAACACCUUUGUGGGCUCAGCUCUGGCAGCUUACAGAGAGGAGGAAACAUACGGGCCUGAUCUCUCCAUGAUGAGAGAGAACUGUCUUGUCCAGACAACAGAAUGGAGCGCAUGCUCAAAGACAUGUGGCUUGGGAAUCUCUACCCGCGUCACUAAUGACAACCGGGAUUGUCGUCUGGAGAAGCAGUCUCGCCUCUGCAUGGUUCGCCCCUGCGAGUCACACCUGGAAGAGAAAAUUAGGAAAGGGAAAAAGUGCAUCCGUACCCCUCGUCUCUCCAAGCCCAUGAAGUUCGAGAUUUCCGGCUGCACUACCACCAAGUCCUACAGGCCCAAGUUCUGCGGCGUCUGCACCGACGGUCGCUGCUGCACCCCUCACCGAACCACCACCCUGCCCAUGGAGUUCAAGUGCCCAGACGGCCAAGUCAUGAAGAAGCAGAUGAUGUUCAUCAAGACCUGCGCAUGCCACUACAACUGCCCAGGGGAGAAUGACAUCUUUGAGUCAAUGUAUUACAAGAAGAUGAUCGGCGACAUGGCGUAAGACGACGACUACGACUAGUAGUAGAAAACCGUCCUGAGACUGUCCACUUGAAUCGAACAGAUAUCCAUCUCAUAUCUCAGCACACUUGUUUGUCUUUUUAAGGUUUCUUUCAUUUUACACGUUUUUUGUGUUUGUGUCUAAGAAUAUCAUGUACAUGGACUCAGAUCUAUAUAUGUUUAUUCAUUUUUUAUGGUGGAUGUCUAAGGCUACUUUGCCUUGAAGUGCGGUUGUAAACAGUGGGCAGGGCUUAAAAAAUGACCGGGCUCUGUUCGGACGCCCCUAAAAAAUUACUGCACUAUAGUCCGACUCUGUGACGCCCAGUGUCACUGACUGGCAGAUGACACCAUGCCCCUCCCUUAAAUGGUGGUGGGCGGAUUUAGAAUCUGAGAGCGUAAAGAUUAAGAAGCGAAUGGAUGGCAGCUUUUAACGCCAGAAGAUAAUCGGCUCACCACGCUGAGAGAAGAAGAAAGAUGUAGAAAAGAGAAACUCUUGUGUUUAGUUCAGUGUUUCUAUGUACCAGCUCACAGUUUGAGCUGAACAGACGUGAAGUUUUGCCAAGAACUACGAAGGUUAUAAUAGCACUGAGUGUUUGACCGUCUGGCUCUUCCUGUUGGGAGAACGUCAGUACCCCUGUCAAAAAGACUGGAUGAAUUGUAGCUUCAUUCUUUUUUAUUACAGUAUCUAUUUUUAGAAAGCUGUAAAUAAUGUACAUAUUUUGUACAGCUUAAGUUAAUUUAAAAACAAAGCAUUUUUUUGUCUGCCUUAUUUUCUUGCUUCACUGUUUUAAUGAUAGCUUAUCGUGUUGACUUGACUGUUCUCGUUACAGUUUGUUCAAUAUUUUAUUGAGAAGUGUUACCAAAAGGUUACAUGUUGUCACUUUUGUAGUUUGAAAUAAAAUAUUAUAUUUUUUAUAUAAA